AUGGUAGAUCCUGGUCGAAUUAUUGCCAGUUCUGGGCACAAAUAUGAGGAACUUCAUCGAGUGGCCGGCACUGAAGAGCAGAGCCCUCGUUACAUUCCACCAUGGACCACACCGUACAUUAUAGGUGUUGGAGGGACUUCAGGUUCGGGCAAAACAAGUGUAGCCGUGAAAAUCACGGCGUCCAUCAAUACGCCGUGGACUGUUUUGAUCUCACUAGACAAUUUCUAUAAGCCUCUAACGCCAGAACAACACGAGCUAGCGGUCAAUAAUCAAUUUGACUUCGACACUCCAGAUGCAGUGGACUUGGAUCUCGCAUAUGAGUGCAUCAAGAGCCUGAAAGAGGGCAAAAAAACAUCGAUUCCAAUGUAUAGUUUUACCAAUCACAACCGAAUUCCUGGAAAGACGAUUUCGAUCUACGGGUCGAGUGUGGUUGUAAUCGAAGGAAUCUAUGCACUGUACGAUCCACGUCUUCUGGAGCUGAUGGAUCUUAAAAUUUACGUGGACGUCGAUCUUGAUGUGUGUCUAGCCAGGCGGCUCUCCAGAGACAUCGUCUCGCGUGGUAGAGAUCUGAAAGGGUGUAUCCAGCAGUGGGAAACCUUCGUUAAACCUAACGCCGACAAGUAUGUCCAUCCUACGAUGAAAAAUGCAGACGCUAUUAUUCCCUCGAUGAGCAAUAAUCUCGUUGCAACACAGACAGUAAUCAACCACAUCAAGUCCAAAUUACAGCUCAAAUCUCGCAGGCAUCUCGAAGAGCUCAGCAUUCUUGGUCACUUCCAUGAAUUGAAACCCUUAUCUGAGAUGUCUAACGUUCAUCAGAUAGAACAUACAAGUCAAGUAGUUGCUUUGAAAACGAUGCUUUUGGACAAGUACACUGCAAGAGACGAUUUUGUCUUUUACUUUGACAGAAUUGCCACUAUACUUGUUUCUCGCGCUCUGGACGAUAUCUCCGCGGUCUCGCCAAAACGCGUUAUAACGGCUACAGGGCAUGAACUCGAACUACCUUCCGUAGAUUUCGACAAAGUCACCUCUAUUAGCAUUGUUCGCUCAGGAGACUGUUUUAUGAGGUCACUAAAGAAGACAGUUCCGAGUAUGGCAAUCGGGAAAGUACUUAUACAGUCAGAUUCACACACUGGUGAACCACAGCUUCACUGCGAAUUCUUGCCACCACAUAUCGAGGAUUACGAACAAGUUCUUUUAGUCGAGGCUCAAGUUAUAUCUGGAGCUGCAGUGAUUAUGGCAAUCCAGGUUCUUCUCGAUCACGGUGUUUCUCUGAGCAAGAUUAAAGUGCUUGUGUAUUUGGCCACAGAGGUUGGCAUACGCCGAAUUACCAACGCUUUUAAUGACACCGUUCAGAUCUACGCCGGCGAGGUUGUUGCAUCUGAUGCACUGGGAUUUGACCAUUGUAGAUGGGCUAGGAAGCGUUUCGUUGAUUCCCGGUACUUCGGGUGCGAUUAA